AUGACAGGUCCUGUUAUUCAGCCAGCAUUGUUUAACAUACUGAUCCGGUUCCGCACAUAUCCCGUCGCUCUCACUGGUGACAUUUGUAAAAUGUACCGCUGCGUAAAGGUAUCUCCGCCCGACAAUUUUCUCCAGUGCAUCCUAUGGCGAGAUUCCAUCCAGUCCGAGGUUCAGGUCUACACAUUAGACACCGUCACAUACGGUACGAGGGCUGCAUCGUUUUUAGCGGUCCGCGCAAUGCACCAGCUGGCCAUCGACGAGGGUAAUCCCUACCCUCUUGGCUCAGCUGCUCUGCAACAGGAGUUCUAUGUUGAUGAUCUCAUCUCUGGCGGCAACUCGGUCGCAGAGGUCAUGGAAAAGAUGCGCCAAACUUCAAGUCUACUGUCUUGCGGUAACUUUAAGCUUAGAAAAUGGUGCUCGAGUAACCAGGAGGUGCUUGAUGGAAUUCCGGAGGACGACGUGAAGAAAUUUCUACGGUUUCAUGAUGGAAGCGACAUUACCAAAACUCUUGGUUUAGCUUGGGACCCUGCGUCGGAUCAGCUGCUGUUUGCCUUGUCCGCGCUGGACUCGAAUUCAAGGCCCUCCAAGCGGUCGGUUUUGUCAACUAUUGCGCGUUUCUACGACCCUCUUGGAUUGAUUAAUCCUGUUAUUGUCAGGUGCAAGAUCUUUCUUCAGCAGCUUUGGAGAGAACAUUUGGACUGGGAUGAAAGCCUACCGACAGCGCUGCACUCAACUUGGAUUGACCUGAGAAACAGUUUGGCAAGCAUCUCUCGCAUUUCCUUUCCUCGCGUUGUCCAUAAUUCCGGCACAAUUGUAGAGGUUCAUGGAUUUUGUGAUGCCAGCAUGGAAGCAUAUGGUGCUUGCAUAUAUGUCGUGUCCAGGCAAGGGGAGUCGUCGAGCAAUGUUUUGUGCUCAAAGUCUCGAGUGGCGCCACUAAAAUCAUUGUCGAUUCCAAAGCUGGAAUUAAAGGAGACGGGAAUUUUCCCAGGACAGUUUUACUGCUGGUCGGAUUCGUCUACGGCGUUAUCUUGGAUUCGGGAUGAGCCAGCCAAAUUUCAGGUUUUCGUGGCAAAUCGAGUGGCAACAAUUCAGGAGUUGACGCAAGGCAUGGAAUGGCGCUAUGUUCCUACAUUGUUGAAUCCCGCUGAUAUCCUCUCCAGAGGCUCGCUUCCCAGCUACCUCAUCCAGUCAGAGCUGUGGUUUCACGGCCCCUCGUUUUGUUAG